GCGUAAAAUGGUCAUCCCGGCGCCCCUGAGUAGCCAACAGCGCCUGAUCGGUUUGCUUCAGGUGGCCCCGGGCUCUCCGAAGUGGGUGCCUGGCGCUCAGUUCGCGAGGAAGAUCCCCUUCGUCAGAGGGCGAGUGGAUGCCCGCUGCUGGUGGUGACUGCUGAGCCUUCUCCGGGGAAAGGGCUAUUUGGUUAUUUCUGACCGAGCCCUCGAAGUCUGAGAGUGCGGAAGGCUGUUCCUGAGAGGGGACUUCAGGGAGCAGUGGCAGAGCUGAGGGAGGGGAGUGGAGGAUGACUCAGCAGGGAGCUGUUCUUCAGGGUUACAAUAAUGAGCUCGUGAAAUGCAUCGAAGACUUAUGCAUGCAAAAAGAAGAGCUGAACAAACAAAUCCAGCAAGCAGAAGAGGAAAAAAAUAAACUCCAGCAUGAAAUCCAAGUCCUGAGUGAACAACUGGAGUGUGUAUGUGAAAACUUGGCCAAAAAGGUAGCUUCACGGAAUGAGCUUGAUAAAAUUCUUGCUGAAACUGAAGCUGCUUACAUGAAGAUUUUGGAUAGUUCUAGAACUUUGCUUAAUGUCCUGAAGAAGGAAGUGGGAAGCUUAAAGCAUACACCAGAACUGAAAACCAAUGUAACGUGAAACAGUCAAAUGUUUGGACUCCACAGUGCUAAAAUUCCACUAGCUCAUUGGGAAUCCUUGCUGCAGCAGUGUUGAUCUACGGUCCCGCACAAUGAGCCCCGGAUGAGGAAUCACAUGUGCAUUCCAGAAACAUUUUUCUGCGCUGAACUCGUCUGAGCAGUGACAGUGCCUGGCUUUGUUGUCCCCUCUGCCACGGCACUGCCUUCGGGGGCUCGCCUCUUCGUGUUUGCAUCAUCACUUGCCUAAAUGACUCCACAUUUUCUGCAUUCUCAUAACCCAGUUGUCUGGAUUUGGGAGAAAAAUGAGAUAACAACUCUUCAAGGGGAUUUUUGCUGCCACAGGAGGAGUUGAUGCCUGGAUGAGCUCAGUCAUUCAAAGGCCAAGCAUUACAAGAAAACACAGGCAUAUGAAAUCUUUGCAGCCAAAUAUAAACCCACAGCAUCACAGUGCCUCAGCCUCCCGUGUGCUGCCUCCUUUUACGUUUCACAGGGUAACAUUAGACUGGGCACCCUCUAUGCUUCAAAAAAGUUUAGAUUAAAAUCUAGUUCCAAACUUGUCUUUGCAAUGGACACAAACUGCACACUGGGGAAAGUCAGAUCCACAUUUCCCUCUGCAUUUCAUGGCUCAAUUCCAGCCGUAGUUUAAAACAAAGAUGCUCAGCUGCUGUCAGCUGGGUUGCUGUGUUCCCCCAUAGGAUAUGCUAUGUUAAAGUGAAUACUCAUAUUCAUCAUCUGAGAAUUAUGUUCUGAAUUAUUUUUAAAUUCCAAUUAAACACUUGGAUGAAAAAGCUUAUUUUCUAAAUUCUACCUUACAUUCAACAUGAACUGCAAGGAACGGCAGCGCUUAGCAGGUACAAUGAAAAGAACAGAUUGUCAGGAAAGCCCACAGAGCCAGCCAUUCUGAAGAAAGCUCUCACCGAGACAGUAGCUAUUCAUUAAAUACACUUCUUGUCUGAUAAUCAGAAAAAUAUAAUCUGCCAUAGAAGUCACAGCUCCUUCACAGUUUCCCCUCCCAGCUUCCUCUGUGAACAGCUGUCAAUGUGUGUAUGACACAAACUUAAAAACAACCUAGAGAGGUUUGACGUCUGAUGCAAAACAAACCCAUCUUUUAAACGGAGCUUUUUCAGGUAGAAAACCCUUUGGAGUUAAUUGGAUGGGAGUAUUCAGGUUAUUUUUCAUCACUGUAACAUGUUGUUUUGCAGCACAAAAUAUGUCCAUUUACAGUAAAUACAGAGAUGUUUGCAAUAAAUUAGCUUCAGAGUUUUGGAAACACAGAUGGUAUUUCUUGCACUUUCCCAAAGGGCUCCAUUUGCUCUAGAGAAAAGAGAGAUUUUAGCUAUUCUGUUAUUUUUAGAAGUUUGUUCAUCUCCAUCAUUUCUACUUCACUAACAAGAGAUGAAAUCUGAUUUACAGUUUAUCUGCCAUCAAGCAAGGAGAUGAAACAAUUUCUUUUGUCACUUGCAGUAUGUUUCUGCUGCCUCCAGCAUUUAGUUUUGAAAACAGUACAUUUGUAACGGAAAUCAUUAAGAUUACGGACUCCAAAAGGCAAAUUUUAACAUUCAAUAAAUUUUGGACAGGAAAAAAUAGGCAUCGGUGGUGUGACAUAGUAACUAACAUCAUAACUACAGCUCGAAGCAGGGCCUGCAUUCCUCCCGCCUAUUACAGGCAUCUUGGUGAGAGGGCUAACUUAGAAGCCAGCUUGUCUUUGCUUCCCUCUAGAGUCGAUGGAUAGAUCUGGCAUCUCCAGAGAGUGAUCCAGCACACACACAGCCAUCGGUAAAAUCCACGCAGAUAACCCCACAAACAGGAAAAAAAAAAAAAUUCAGACUUUGGGGGCAAUAAAAUACAAAAUAUUUUUUGUAUAUCCAUAGUUGUGAUGCUUAACUCAUUCAAACCGAACACUUUAAAGUAAAAAUCACUACUCUCGCAUUUAUCACGUUAAAACACACACAAGGUUGCUUAAAGAUGUAACUUGCCAGUGACCACCUGUUAAGAAGUGAGAGAAACAUUUGUGUGGCAGAAUUGUUAUUGAUUCACUGGCAAAACCUGCAAACGAACCCAGGGAGGAAUUCAGAGGGCUCUCAAGCUACAAAUUGUUGCUGAAAGUAGACCAAGUUCUGCUCUCCCGAAUUACACAUUUCAUUAACAGCGUUUAGAAUAAGCAAGUGGUGACUUUGAGGAAAUGGGCGGGCAGAGGGGCAACCUGUGGAAGCAGCGCUUCCCUCUGCCGCCCUGCAGAUUCCCUUGCUGUCUGGGAUUCCGCUGACCUUUCUGAUUUGAUGCUUUCCUUGCUGCUUCUGG